GUCUCACGGUAACGCGGCCGGGGUGCUCUCCCAUGUGGGGAAAAGAUGACUUGGGCAAGCAAGCAAAGCCGCCCGGUGAGCGGCGGGGCGAGCGGGUUUCCCCUCCCCCUUUGGAGGAGCAUACUGCCGCGGAUCCACAACCUGCCGGAAGUGGGGAGGCGAAACUCUCAAGUCUACCGGCCCGCUGCCCAUCCGGAAGCGGAAACAAAUCUAGUGUGCCCCUUCCUCACUGCCCUCCAAAUCUUGCUGCAGCCAUUGCCGCAGCCACGAUGCCGAAACGAAAGAAGCAGAAUCAGCAGCAGCAGCAGCUGCCACAACAGCCCGCCCUGUCGGACCGGGACGAACCCGGGGACGAGGAGGAUGAGAGCCCCAUUGGACCACCCAGCCUUCUGGGCCCUCCCCCCAUGGCUAAUGGAAAGCCUGGUGAUCCCAAGUCAGCUCUUCACAGGGUUCCUCCAGGAUCAAGGGCACCAGUGAUCCCACCACUGCUGAGCCUACCACCUCCUCCCCGGGGCAGAGGCCCUAUUCGAGGAGGCCUUGGUCCUAGAUGUAGCCCAUAUGGUCGUGGUUGGUGGGGUGUCAAUACUGAGCCUCCUUUUCCCAGGCCAGGCUAUGGGGCUCCCUUUAGGGAAAGCUUUCAUACAGAGCCAAGAAAUCCGCGAAGGCUCAAAAGCUGGUCUUUUGCCAAGAACAUCUGCCCACCCAAGGACAGCCCCCACAUGUUAGAAGACAAGUCUGACCGCCCUGUCUGCCGACACUUCUCCAAAAAGGGCCACUGUCGAUAUGAAGACCUUUGUGCCUUCUACCAUCCAGGCGUCAAUGGACCUCCUCUGUGAGACUGUGCCUUCCCACCCAGGCUUGAAGGAGCCCUCUGACCUUAUGGCCCCAUUAUAGCUAUGUGAAGGCUCUUCAAUCACCUUCAGUCAGUGACAUGUCCUCCCCAUUCAUCAUCUCCCCUGUUUGGGGUCCAGAGUUGUGAUUGUCACUGGUGUGCGGUGUGCGGUCUUCCGAAAGGCUCCAGAGACCGCUGGGACCCCAUCUUGCUCCCUUCCACUGCCUUCUGGAUCUUCCCCUCUGCCAAAUGACUGCUGAACAGGAAACCUUUGGUGCUGUUUCUUGUGCAUCUGUCCACCUGUCCCCCAGUGUUGCCCUCAGCCCCUGAAACCCCUGGCGCAUUCUUCUGUCCUCAGCUGCUUGUUGAAGUCCUUUGAUGUGACGUCCCCGUGUUUGAGCUGCCCAGGAAAUGCACCAGGUUGUCUGGCCUCAGAGUCAGGUUUGAGCGACUGGUACAGGCUUGCUCCCACAACAGCUUCCCCUGCUUUCGGAUGCCCUAGUUUCUUGUCAGUAGCAUGAGCCCCACUGCUAAGGCCUGUGGUCACUGUGCUUUGUGAGACUGUGCAUCCCUCAUAGCCUUCCUCAUUGUCGUGACAUUUUUGUGACUUCCCAACACUAGAUAACGUUUUUCUGCCAAAUUGAGCGAGGCUCUUGGUGCCCUCUAGACCUCACCUACCUCCCAGCACGGGAGAAUGUGAGACUUGCUUAGACUGCCUCCCCAUCCUGCCGUCAGUCUUCUGGGUCUAAUGCAGGCCAGUGGUGUCUUGUAAAGCCUCAGGCGGGCCUCACCACCCAGCUCCUGCCUGGCUUGUUUUAGUUAGGCCCUACCAUUUCGAGGCCACCAGCCCUUUCUUUCAUUUGCAUUCUGUGAAUCUCCACCUGGCCUUGGCCUGUCUUAGGAUAGAACCUGGACAGUACUGUCACCUCUGACCCUCUUCUCUCACGCUGGGUGUUUUCUGUGAAAACGGCAGUGAGCAUGUUGGGUUUUGAGCUGGUCCUAAGGAAGGUCCGGAGAUGUGUGAGCAAGAGGAAUGAGUUGUUUUUUUCUUUUUAAUUUUUUUUUUUAUAUUAGUAAAUAAACACAAUGGAAACCAGUAUUUUUCCCUCAUUUCCG